GCAAAGAACGCCAAGAUAAGCACCAAGGGAAAAAAAAGUAGCAACCAACAAGAAAGAAGUACAGCAACGAGAAGAAAUAAUAAGGAGAUAGAAGCAAGGAACAAGACAAAAGAAAGGAAAGACAAGAAAAGAAAGAAAGAAAGAAGCGAGAACAAUAGAAAAGAAAUAAUAGAGAAAGAAGGGAGAAGAAAAACAGUUGAAAAAGCAAGAAAGAAGAAAAGAGGAAAAACAGAAUAUGAACGAAAAGUAAAAAGAAGGAAAAAAGAAGAAGAAGGAAAAACAAAAGCAAAAAGCGAAAAAAAGAUUAAAGUAGGAAAGAAGAAAGGAGCAGAAAGAAGUAAGAAAAGACAGCAGAAGAAUAAAGAAGAGAAACAGCAGCGAGCAGCAGGAAAUAAAGAUAAGAAGAAAAGGAAGCAUAAGCAAAGACAACGAAAGAGCAACAAAAAGAUAAAAAAGAGAAGAAGCAAAGGAAAAAGGCAGAGAGAAAAAAAUAGAAAAGCAACUGAUAGGACGAAAAGAGCAAUGAGAGAUAAAAAGGGAGAACACAAAGGACAAAGUGAAAGUAAGGAAAACGAAAUGAAAAGAAGCAAUAAGAAAAAUAAGAAGGAAAAAAGAAAAAAUGAUAAAGGAAGAAAAAAUAGAACAAUAUAUGAAGAAAGAAGAUAG